CGGCGCCUUGGCUCCACGAACCUAUGCAAAUUAAGCGAAGAUGAGGUUCUUUUUUGCUACGGUGCCUUGGCGACUCAAGCAUUGCUCCUUCCAAGGUUUCAGUUCAACAAUAGCAAAGACUCUAGAUGGGGAGUUAAGCUUACCAUGUAUGGUUUUACGAUCGCCAGAUCGAAUGUUUAUUCCUCUCAAAAGGCAGCCAAGGCCGAUGUUUGCCGGACUGCCCUGAAGAGGCUGCAAGCCGAAUACCCCGAGUGGGUUUUACCAGAUGAAGAGCAAGGCGGCCCAGUUACUUCUGGUUGGGACUGGAUUGAACUGUUACGAGAGUACUGUGUCCAAAACGGAAUUUCUGGACCAGCAUACACCAAGUUCUUACCCGAAAGAGGGAAUGUGUAUUGCCAUGGAGUAAAGGUCCAGCAUGCAACCUACACUGGGCCGAUGGAUCAUUACGCAAGUGACUAUGUUUCCCGAAAUACAAGUGCCUAUAAGGCUUUACAAACACUCUUGAUUCACGGAUCUGGCGAGGUCUGCAAUUUUCCCGGCCCCUUCACACUGAAAAGACAUGACGAGAGACUUCUCGCCGAUGUUCCGAGAUUGUCUGGGUUCGUGAACCAUGACAUGGACAGCAGACCUCCUGUUGCGUUGAAACCACGAACAGAGCCCGAGAAUGUUGGCUCAAAACCACUUGAGCGAAGCAAGAAGAGAAAGCUUGAUGGCGACGCUCCCGGAAACUCGAAUUUGUUGCCACUUACGAACUGCAGGCUAUCAUCAGUCGAUGUGUGUGUUCAAGAAGAGGUGAAGCGAUGGAAAUUAACACCCAGAGAGCUUGCCACUCAGAUUGGGGCCAUGAAAUCAUAUGUCGACAAGCUCACAAAGAUCUGCGAGUUAUUGGAAUUAGAACAUCCCGAGCUUCGGGUUGAGCGUAUUGAUGGACGACUUGUUGAGACAUACGGAGACUACACCGCGGGGGCAUACUUUAAAAACGACCCCUUUCUCACCCGCGCUGGUGCUAUUGGCCAUAUCAGCAGUAUGCAAGGCACCAGGCUCGCUGUUGAGGAAUCAUGCGCGCAGAAAGUGGUCGAUUACCUGACGACGAUGGUCCAAGAAGACUACAAUAUGGAAAAAGCUGCGGCGGAAGGACGCCGGCUGAUUGAGCAAUGGGGUAAAGGCAACAGGCGGGCUGCUAUAGAAUGA